CUGAACUAGACACACUUGAUUGCAGACUUCCUCCACGUGAAACUGAAAGAAAAGAAACUCUGUGACAUGAUAGCAGUGAGCUGAGGUGUGUGCACUGAACAAGAUAACUACUAGGAGACUGUGUGCUGAAGCAAUAAACUGAGACAAUAAUGUCCUUGUCAAAUGUCUCCCAUUAUAAUUGCCCUAGAGAGUUCAACUGCAGCAACCUGAACCUGUCUAGCUUUGACAUUGGUACAAGUCCCACAUAUGCCUCGAUUGUGACCUCCUCUCUCUCUUGUGUGGGCUCGCUCCUCAUUCUACUAGCCUACUGGAUUCUCAAGGAGAUGCGAACCACUGCACAGAAGAUCAUCACUCUUCUCUCAAUCACCGACCUACUCACGGCUGCCGGGUAUCUACUGGCCGCGUGGAACUUCCUGGCCCAUUUCAACGAGAUGGAUAAAACGGAAUGCGAUACAUUUAAAACAGUUUGUGAAGUUCAAAGUUUUAUAACCACAUGGUCUACAUUAUGCUCAUUCGGAUGGACAGUUGCUUUAGCGUUACAUUUCUACCUCGUUGUGCGUGUCUGCAAGCAAGAGCAUAUCUCCAAACUUCUUAUAAUAGAAAACAUUGUCAUCUGGUCUCUGCCUACUGUGAUAGUUGUGUCCCUCCUGGCUACAAAGAGCCUUGGUUACACUAGAUACGCCACGUCUAAUUGGUGCUAUGUUACCGACACUAAGUAUCCCUCCUCCGAUCUACAGGAUAAUGGGGUCACCAUAGUACUCAUGCUCGUAGCCGGUAACUUGUGGGAGAUACUUAGUUACAUCGCUGUGAUUGCUCUGUACACUCUAACCAGGAGAGAAUACGCCAAUAAGAUACGAGCCAGGGCAGACAAUCAAAACCACCCAGGCGUUGAGAGACGACUGCUACUCAUUCCCAUUGUGUUCAUUCUCCUCCGAAUGUGGGGGACCAUUCAGUUCUUCUUCUCUAUAGCGACCUCUGACCUUAACCAGGAGGGCUGUGUACCGUCCUGGGUGGCCGCUGUGUACCAUGUGCUGGGUAUACUGCAGGCGAUAGGUGAUGGUGGCCAAGGCUGGGGCAAUGCUCUACUGUACAUCUUCCUCUCCUCUACGAUGAGACACGAGUUGUUCUGUAGUGCGUGUGAGAGAAUGGUACUGUGCCCUGAUAAGAACGACCGGACGACGAUAGCCAACUACUCGUCUAGUGCAGUCAAUAUUUCAUGGCGUACCAACGAGAAAAAGCCUCUACUCAAGAACAAGAGUGCUACAUCAUCAAAAAACAUUCGUUAUACAGAAUCUAGACCUUAGCCAUUAUUAUUAUAUAUUUUGGAGCUUAUUUUAUGUCUGUACAUGUAUAUUGUUAACGUUUAUUAAAAACACUUACUCUUAUGGAGUGACUGCAAUAAUUGAUCGUCAACGAUAA